AUGAACUCGCGCGUCAUCUUUGUCGACCCCGGCCUCACGCGCACGCCGGGCAUGCGCCGCUGGCUCACGCGCGGUACCCUCUGGGGCCUCUUCGUCUACCUCGCCACCUACCUCCUGCCGUGGCUGCUCCUCAAGAGCCCCGAGCAGGGCGCCCAGUCCAUCCUGCACGCUGUCAUGGAAUCGGGCAUGCGUCGGGGCCCCGGUGGCAAGCUGAUCAAGGAGUGUCGGGAGGUCGACUUUGCCCGGAAGGACGUGCAUGACGAGGCGGCGGCCAAGCAGCUCUGGGAAGAGAGCGACAAGCUGAUCGAAAAGGCGGAGAAGGACGCCGCCAUUGUGAGGGCGAGGAACAAGAAGCAGGCGGAGGACAAGGGCAAGAGGGAGGAGGAGGCGGAGAAGGAGAAGGAGAUCGAAGAGCUAGUCAGCAGCAUCAAGAAGGGAAAGGAGGCGCAAAAAGCCAAACAGAAAAAGAGCGGUGUCGACGAAAAGCCCAAGGGCAAGAAGAAGUCCAAAAAAGCGGACAGCUGA